AUGAACUCACCAUUCUGGCUCGUCGGCGCCCUGUCCGCUGCCUCAUCAGUCGGCAUCGGAGCUUUCGGAGCUCAUGGCUUGAAGAAUCGCGGCCUGGAGCCGGCGAAGAUCGCUUCAUUUCAGACGGCGGCGCAUUACCAGCUCGUCCACUCCAUCGCCCUACUCGUAGCCGAACACGCUGCUCCAAAGAACGUCUGGGCCAAGAGCUUGUUCACAGCCGGGAUUACGAUGUUUUCUGGCUCGAUCUAUCUUCUCGUUCUGGAUGGACAGACGUUCAAGUCUCUUGGUCCGGUCACGCCGUUGGGAGGGAUGUGUUUGAUGGGAGGAUGGAUUGCUCUGGCUUUUGGGAGUCGGGGGAGGAUUAUGAUGUAGAGGGAAGGAGGAUGGAUGGUGUGAUCUCGGUGGUGAGGCUAUGGUCCGGGCUAGAAGAACGUGGGUACUUAAG